AUGGCUGAUUAUGAUCCUCAACUGAAAAGAUUGUUAUUACCACCAGAAGAAAGUUUUUUUGAAUUACUUAUUAGAUAUGGAUUAUAUAUUGGAGCAGUAUUCCAAGUUGCUUGUCUAUUAGCAAUAGUAGUUUAUCAUGGGAGAUCUUCAGACGGUAUAACAGCAUUGAAGGAUGAUCCUAGUGAUAUCGAGUGUUCCGAAAAUAGUCCUCAGGUUACCCCAAGAAGACCACAUAGACCAAGAAAGCAAGAAAAAAAGAAAAGACGAUAACAAAUAAAACGAAGCAAAAUAAAUGAAUAAAGGACUA